AAAAAGUAUGAACUUGUGUAUGAUUUAGCUGCAGGAACCAUUAAGAAGGAAAAACACUGCAGCUUUCACUCUUCCAGCGUAGGGACGGGUUCCUUUCUGGCUCCUCACAGGAGAACUUUUCCCAGCGGGUCACACUUUUUUCUCUUUUCCAGCUGCGCUCCCUCACUCUGGAGACUUAUCUUCUUAAUACAAUCCGGAUUUUUUUACUGGGUUCCCCCCCUCCUCGUCCCUCUCUCUCUCCCCCCUUUCUCUCUCUCUCACUCACUCUCUGGGUGUAAUUUGUUGCGUGGAGGCUCGGAGGAAAAGACAAGGCGACACCACAACAACAGCGGUAGCAGGACGCGGAACCGCUUGGGGAAUAAAGCAGCUUCGGGGAGUUCGGCGGAACAGAAGAAUCGUCCACAAUGAGAGCCGCCCUGGAGUUCUGCCUGGUUCUCCUGACGCUGCACUCUCCCGGCGUGCUGUCCCUGUCCACACACGUAGCAAUUGUUUACCCCCAGGACCCUGUCCUUCGCAUGGGGUCCAACUUGACCGCCAGCUGCUGGGUCCACCCUGACCUUGGGGUCCACGCCAACUCCCUUUUCUGGACGUUGAACGGUCAGCAGCUUCCCAGCUCCCUCUACAAAGUGCUGAGCCCAACCAACCUGAGCGUGACGCUGGUUGGGCUCAACGCCUCCAGGCAAACGUCCGGCGACAACCUCGUCUGCCACAAUCACAAGGGACACAUACUGGCUGGCUCCUGUUUGUAUGUUGGGAUGCCUCCAGAGAAACCAGUCAAUCUGACCUGCUGGUCGAGGAACACCAAAGACCUGAUGUGCAGCUGGGCACCGGGGGGAAAAGGAGAGACUAAUAUCAGCACGCAGUACAAGCUGAAGUACAAACUCAGAUGGUACGGCACCGAGAAGAACUGUGAGGAUUACAGCCACACGCAGCCGUACUCCUGCAGCAUCACCCAGGACCUGCACCUCUUCACGCCGUAUGAGAUCUGGGUGGAGGCCUCCAACCAGCUGGGCCGAGCUACCUCCGAUGUCAUCCUCCUUGACAUCCUAGAUGUGGUGACCACAGACCCUCCGUCAGGCGUGACCGUCAGCCGUGUCGGCCAGCUGGAGGACCAGCUCAGUGUUCGCUGGGAGGCGCCACCGGCUCUGAAAGACUUCCUGUUUAAGGCCAAAUACCAGAUCCGCUACAGGCUGGAAGAGAGUCAAGACUGGAAGGUGAUGAAUGAUGUCGGGAAUCAGACGUCGUGCAGACUGGCGGGGCUGAGAGCCGGAACGGUGUACUUUGUCCAGGUUCGGUGUAACCCCGUGGGUAUCUACGGCUCUCGCAAAGCUGGGAUCUGGAGCGAGUGGAGCCACCCCACAGCUGCUUCCACGCCCCACAGUGAGCGACUGAUGUCCUGUGACUCAAAGUCCAGCGGGGACUCCAACUCCACCCUGCGGCGGGAGCUGAAGCAGUUUCUGGGCUGGGUGAAGAAGCACGCCUACGGCUGCAGCAGCAUGUCCAUGAAGCUGUACGACCAGUGGAGGGUGGACAUGCAGAAAUCGCCAAAAACUCGCAACCAGGUAGGUUCUCCAAGGGGAUAAGUCGUAGCACAUGCUGGCUCUGCAAGCAGAGAAGAACUGAAUGAAUGCAGUGUUUUUUUCUUUUUUCUUUUCCUUCUUCGUCUAUAUGUGUGAAUGAGAAAGACAUGAAAGAAAAAGCGACUGCAUCCUUAUAUCGGAAAUGUAAAAGACAAUUUGCUCCAAAAGAAACCCCAAAGGAAAAAAAAAACAAACAGAAAAAAGAAAAAGUGGGAAGCACUUCCUCUCUGCACCCUUUCCAGGCGAUGUGAGCGCGUCACAAAGGACGGAGCUGUUUUACUCAUCACGGACAAUGCAAGACAGAAAGUACGUGGGACUCAAACCACACUGUAGCACGAGGAGGGUCGGACGGCAGUAAGGACAUUCGACACGCAUUGGUCUGAAUGUGCGCAGAGGAGAUGGAACCUACUCCAAUUUUACCUGACGCGGUUUGGCUGAAGCACCUCAGAGUGUCAUCGGUGGCGUUUUGGAGGUUUUUUCCUGGUCAGUUUCAAAGCGCCAUCUAGUGGCCGUUCAGCAUCCAUGAAUCCCCCAGCUGAUCCCUUCUCUCAGAUCCCAGUGUAAAAAAAAAAAACACGGACAGAUUAUGAUUCAGUAUUUUUGAACGAGCGCUUCACCACACUGGUGCCAGUCUGGUUCGCCGAGGAUUUGUCUGUUUCCGAGUGCCAGUAUGUGACUGACGGUGUUUGUGUUGGCUGUGGAAAGCCUUUAUUUUUGUACUAAAUUGUACCAGCAUAUUUAAAGUAUAAAGCUAUGUUUUAUAAAUAUUAAGUUAAAUUUAGUCAGUAAAGACUGUACAAUGACUGAAGUUGUUAUCAAUCUCUAACUGUGUUCUAUAAAAAUGUUGCCAGAAAA